GGGAAGGGGCCGGGGAUAAGAGAAGGAGGAGGAGGAGAGAAACAGAAGGAGAAAUAGGGGAAGGAGGAGGUGGUUCCUGGGCGAAAGGAGGCGGACAAAGCCGGGGCGGAACGGAGGGGAAGGAAAAAAGGCCGCCGCCGGUGUCCCCCCCGAGGGACCGCCCGGCCUCGGCUGCAGCGACUACGCAAGACCGCGGCUUCACCGCCCAGACUAGGCCGCGCCUGGCUUCUCCCAUCUUUUCUUGGGCGGCAAUCCCGGUUUCCUCCUCCUCCUCCUCCGCCUGGUGUUGGUGCUAGUCGCCUUCAUUUUCCUCCUUCAUUUCCCCCCUUCUUCUCCUUCUCCUUCUCCUCGUCAUGUCGGGCCAGUCGAUCACGGACCGGAUCACGGCGGCCCAGCACAGCGUCACCGGCUCGGCCAUCGCCAAAGCCGUCUGCAAGGCCACCACCCACGAAGUCAUGGGCCCCAAAAAGAAGCACCUCGACUAUCUAAUUCAAUGCACAAACGAGAUGAAUGUGAAUAUUCCACAGCUGGCAGACACCCUUUUUGAGAGGACGGCAAACAGCAGCUGGGUAGUCGUGUUCAAAGCUCUAAUCACAACACACCACCUCAUGAUGUAUGGGAAUGAGCGCUUCAUCCAGUACUUGGCAUCUCGAAAUACAUUGUUCAAUCUCAACAACUAUCUGGAUAAAAGUGCAAUGCAGGGCUACGAUAUGUCUACCUUCAUCAGACGAUACAGCAGAUACUUGAAUGAAAAAGCACUUUCUUAUAGACUUGUAGCAGUUGAUUUCACCAAAAUGAAAAGAGGGAUUGAUGGUGUGAUGAGAACAAUGAAUACUGAAAAACUUCUGAAGACCCUUCCAAUUAUUCAGAAUCAACUCGAUGCACUUCUUGAUUUUGAUGCCAACCCUAAUGAACUAACGAAUGGUGUAAUAAAUGCUGCCUUCAUGCUCCUUUUUAAAGAUUCCAUUAGGCUUUUUGCUGCCUAUAAUGAGGGGAUUAUUAACCUCUUGGAAAAGUAUUUUGAUAUGAAGAAGAACCAGUGCAAAGAAGGUCUGGAUAUUUACAAAAAAUUCCUCGCCAGAAUGACCAAAUUGUCAGAAUUCCUCAAAGUGGCAGAGCAAGUUGGAAUUGAUCAGGGUGACAUUCCAGAUCUUACUCAGGCUCCCAGCAGUCUGCUUGAAGCGCUGGAGCAGCACCUGGCUUCUCUGGAAGGGAAGAAGACAAAGGAGGUUUCGGCUGCCAGCAGAGCAAGUACUCUAUCCAGUGCAGUUUCCACACUUGCCAACACAGGAAUGUCCUUUAGUAAAAUGGAUGAAAGAGAGAAACAGCAGGCAUUGGAAGAAGAGCAAGCUAGGCUGCAAGCACUAAAGGAACAAAGACUGAGAGAAAUUUCUGUGGUGUCAAAUUCAACAUCUACAUCUGCCUCGCCAAGCACUUUAUCAGGGAAGAGCGUGAAUACUAAUUCUGCUGUUGACCUCUUCGUAACACCUGCACCAACCACCAAUAGCAUGCCCAACCUUUCUACUGAUCUCUUCGAUCUUCAACCUGCAUUUGUUCCAACGGUACAGAGUACUCCAGCCAUAGCAACGUCAGCAACCAGUGCCUGGGGAGGACCAUUCUCAUCUACAAAUGGCUGCGUUGGGUCUCCACCUCACCUAGACCUCUUUGAUAUGAAGCCCGUUGAAGAAGCUGUAAAAAGCACCACACCUUUUGGGGCAUCCACCUUUCCCUCCAAACAAACAGUGGAACUGUUUAGUGGCUAUCCUGUUCCUUCAGCGUCACAGAAAACUGCUGGUUCAGCCAUCAAUGUGGAUUUCGAUGCUGUCUUUGGUGGCAAGUCAGCGGUGCCUGAAUUUAAAAGUGCAACAGAUGAUGUAUUACAGCCAGUAGCACCAGCACAAAAUCAGAGAGGAGUUUUAAUUGGUCAGCAAAGUGGGAAGAUUUUGGCCAAUGACCUAGACUCCUCACUCGCUAAUCUUGUAGGAAAUCUUGGCUUUGGUGGAACGCCAUCCAAAAAGUCUGAUAUGCAGUGGAAUCAGCCUACAGAGAAGAAACUUACUGGCGGAACAAACUGGCAAGCAAAAACAAGCACCUCAACUACAUGGAAUACUGUCCCUAUUCCUCCUGCUCCACAGAUGGUACAUGCUCCAGUAACCUACCCAGCGAAUACACCUCAAGUGCCUCUGUAUGGAAUGGUACCUACUCAGAUUGGAACAACACCUAUUAUGGCACCCCAGCCUAUGAUUUAUACCCAGACAGGUCUAAGGCCAACAAAUCCCUUUGCACCUAUUUCUGGAACACAGAUACAGUUUAUGUAGAUCUGCCAAAGCAGCAAGAGACUUUGACAACCAAAUAUUGGUAGAAGGAAGACAGAACUUUUAAGCUGCAGUCUUCACCAUGGCACAUACCUUGCUCCCCGUACGAUAUAAAUUACUUUGAAUUGCUGUGCUUUAGAGAUUCUUGUUACAACAGUCAACUAUGAUAUGAAAUCAUGUUUGGUUUUGAAUAGUGUAAGACUGUUUUUCAGCGGAAAGCUGAAGUCUUUUGACGCUGGAGGUCAGCAGAGUGUGAAAAGAAAAUCCCAACUUUUCCCUUGUUAAAGAAGAGCUAACUUGAGAAUUCCUUGCAGCAUUUUCAUCCAACGGCUUCCUUACAGUAAGAUAGCGGAGGACGUCAUACUUCUAUUUAUUAUUUCCCCUGAAGUCCGUGGCGGGUCUGAUCAUGGCACUACUUUAAUGAAGUUGAGCAAUAAACCUUUCAGAGACUCUUUUAAGGAGUACCUGAUAAAAUAAGUACUCUGGUUAAGAAUUUAGUCCGACAUCAUAUAAAUGCCAAUAUCAUGCUCGAAACCCGACUGCUUUUUUCUCACAUUAGACGAGCUUCUUCUAAUUCACAAAUUUUGUACUGUGAGUUUUAAAUGCUGUGAAUCGACUUUUAACAAAACGUAGGCCAUUAACCUGGGAGGGGGGAAAAACACAACCCUGAAUGAACUGGCAUUACAGCAAGAGUUGUUCCUUCGCCAAGGGCUAGAACUGCACUUUGGCAGAGACUUGGCGCCUCGCUGUAGUCCGAGGGAAGAAGUAGUAUGUUACGGAGUCAUGGGCGCAGCGCCAGACAUGGAUGGCAAUAGCUGCACUUCCGUACACAGUCUCUUAUGUACAGACAGCAGCAUUGCUUCUGACUCAAGCUAAGAGUUGCCUUUCACGUCCCAGAAAAUGUCUGUAUGGGAAGCUUUUUUAAUCCCCCCCCCCUUAUUUUUUGCCCUUUAUUUAAGAUGUGGGGCAACAGCAUUUUCUUAGUAAUUCAUCAGUUACAUGCUGCACUUUAAGAACUGGAAAUUUAUAUUCCUGAUGACCCUCCAUCCUUUGCGCAUCGCUUUGUGGCCCUCAUUGCAGAUGGGGGGGCUAAAAAGAAAGAAAGCAAAACAGAGAGAGAGAGAGAAUGCCCAGUCACUAUAUAAAGGAAUUUUAGGGUUGGGGGGAAUGUAUAUAUAUAUAUGUAAACUUUUAAGUACAAUAUUUCCCCCGUGCUGCAAAAUCCUUUCCCCCUUUGCAACGCAUACAAAAUGCAAACAUUGUACCGCUUUGAAGAAAUUUAGCUGAAAUUUUUUUUUCCAUCGAAUGGUUCAGACUAUUAUCCUCGAAGAUACAUGAAAUGUUAUUGCAGUGUAGGAGAGCGUAAGAUAGCAGCUGACAGUCUGUGAUUUUCAACACGUCCACCGACAGUGAGAAUUUGACAUUCAAAGUUACUUUGGCAGGGCAUGUUUAUGAGGGGAGAUUGCAAGAAAACUGAUUUAUUUUAAAGCUUUUUAAAAACUAAAGAACAGUCAUACAAAAACCAUUCCCCCCUUUCUAUCACCGCUGCGAUGGUUUUCUUGUUUCGAGCCCAUUACGGCAGCAAUAACUGCAAAACGUGUUACCUGUUAAUGCCAACAUGAACGUUCUUUCAUAAAGCUUUGCCCUUGUCAUAAAUUGCAGCAACUGAGCGCACUCUUUCAUGCGUUUGCCGAGUUGUAGCCCUUGUUUCUUUUUUUACAAAUGGAGGGGUUUACAUUCAACAAAACAAGUACUUUUGUGAUCAGGCUAUGUGUCAAAUUCUCAAAGCCCAGUCUGUGUAAAGUGUCUUUUGUGUUUGUUAAUAUUGUGCCAAGAAUGUAAAAAAAGAAUAAGAAUAUGCUUGCUUCGAAAAGAAUAUAUUUGUUCUGUCAAACUAAACAUGAUUUUUUAAAAUCAUUUUUUUUACAUAUGUGUUUGCAAUUUGUAACCACUAACUUUGUAUGGAUUAAAUGUCGCAAGUGGGGAAAAAAUGUGUUUUAGACCAAAUCUUGAACAUGUACUGGCAAAAGGCAUAAACUGGAUGCAUGUAAUUAAAUGUGGAAAGUGACUUUUCAAGGGCUUUUUUUGGCUUUAAUGUAUUCUCCAGGUUUGUCCAAAACCCAUAUUUAUUGUGGUCCUAUAAAAAAAGCUGGAGCAGCUUAUCUAUGGAUCUUUUUAUUUUCUUAUUUGUUUUUAAAAAGUGGCUAUUCUAGUGAUUUAAUUCAACUAAUCCUCAUUUAGAAUUGUAUAACCUUGCUUCCAACCAAUUUUCGGUCUUUUGGUCCAGUUUAGACCAGUACAUGUGUUUGAAAUAACAUGGGUUUUAUGGUAACUAAUGAGAAAUGUUUGAUCUCUGAGUCCGUGUAAAGUUUGAGACUGUAAAAAAGGUAGAACGCUUCCUGACCUCCCCGCCAAGAUUAUUUUCUAAUCAUUCAGUUUAACUGUGUUUAAUUUAUUAUGUUUACUGGCUGCAAUCUUAUACCAGGGAACUUCAUGCAAGACCUCUCUCCUCAGAGAGUGGCAUCUUGGACUCUCCAGAGGAAAGUAUGUUUUUGUUAUGCUUUAUGUGCUUUAUUCAGUAUUAGACACUAAUUAUUAUUGAUUUUAAUACAAUUAUGAUUCACAGUGUGGUCAUUCUCAUAAUGCUCCUUUUGCUACACAAAUGAUGCAUAAACCCCCAAUACCUAGAAAUUCUCUUUCUGUUUCAUUGCAGUAUUGUCUAUAAAUGCACCCCGUAUUUAAUUCAUAUAUUUUUUUCUAUGCCCCAUCCUUUAACAUAUUGUCAUCUCAUCAACCUGCUCUACACAUGCAAAACAUUCUGGAGUAUCUAUAUCUUCGCACGCUUGUAGUUUUUGUAACUGGUGAAAUCCACUCAACCGCAAGUAACGUCUUUUGCCCCCACUGCAAGUGCAUAGCAUAUCCUGCACUUCCUUUUCAGCAGUUGGCAUUAGGAAAUAGAUUUGUCAUAAAUUAACAUGGAAGAUGUCCAGCAGCAAGUGCUACUCAAAGGGGUGGUCCAGGGACUGGUGCUAGCGGGUCCACAGCAUGUUUCCCAAAAAGAAAGAGGCCGUUUUAGUCAAUGGGCACAAAUAUAAUAAUGUUCCCUGGCACAUUGAGGGGGGAAAUGCCUGCUGGUUCCCCUCAUUGGAUAGUUUAAGAAGGACUGCAGUAGAUUUUAUGAAUAACAUUUGAUGUAACUUGUCAUCAUAGAAUGAUAGAGCUGGAAAAAAGAAGAAGGGCCAUCCAGUCCAAUCCCAUUCUACCAUGCAUUAAGACAAUAUAAGAGUACUCCUGACAGAUGGCCAUCCAGCCUCUGCUUAAAAACCUCCAUAGAAGGAGACUAUAAUUAUCCUCCAAGGGAACGCAUCCCACUGUUGAACAGCUCUCACUGUCAGGAAGUUCUUCCUAAUGUUUAGGUGGCAUCUCUUUCCACAUAGUUUGGAUCCAUUGCUUCAUGUCCUAGAAUGACAUGAAGAGCAGCAGAGUUGUGGGAUCAUUUUAAAAGCAGUUAUCUAUUUUAGCACCAAGACUUUUGCCAGUGUCUAAAAUGAGGCUGGUAUUUUCGUCAUAUAACCAAAAAUUGGAUUUCAUAAUGCAAAUUUUUUCUAGACAAAAAGCAAUUCUGAGUUUCUUCAGCGGAGCAAAGGUAUUCGCUCCAAAGCGUUUGUCCGGAGAUUGGUAUCAGCUGUAAAUAUUGGUGCUGCAACUCUGGAGGUAGUAGUGUUUAGUUGGUAGUUCUCUUAAUGAUACUUACACAAAUAUUUCAUUCAUCAGAUUUUUAAUGGAGGAUGGGGUGCCAGUGAAUUCUAGGGUGUUGUCUUUGAAUUUUAGGCUGUAAUGAUAAAAUAUAACUAAAAGGGAGCCAUCCUUCCUUUGAAGCACUGCAGGAUUGCAAGACAUCAUAUUUAUUGUUGCUAGCAGAUAGGUGGUUAUCACUGUGUUAUUGCCGUGGUCAGAAUGAUACAUACUGUAUGUUCUUAUGAGAAAUGACGAAAGUACAGAAAGCUGUAUAGUUUUCAACUUCCAGUUGGCAAAAGGUUGUUUACAGUGAUAUUAGUGGUGGUAUGCCUGAACUCUCUGGAGAGAUUGGAUUCUGUUUAAUGGUAAGAUAACCCAAUGUGUAGUCCAUUGUACAUACUUGACAGUAGCCUCCCACCCUCAUUGAUAUACUAUGAAUUAAGGUGAACUGUAAAAGUAGUAUCCCAACUAAACCCAGGACUUGCUAUCCUGAAAGUCCUACACACAUUUACCUGUAUCUGGGAUUUACUUCUGAGUAGACAUGUUUAGGGUUAUGCUGCUUAAGAGUUUGUUCUUGAGAUGUUGCCCAGCCUACUUUCUGGAAGGUAACUAGCUUUUUAACAACUUCCUUGUGAAUAUAUUGAGAACAUUAAAUGCUUUAGUAACACUUUGGGUGCAUUAAUAUUAAAAUAUUCAUUGCAACUAUGCCCUGCUGUGUUUGCCAAGGAAGGAGUAUUCUAGUGUUCCUUCUCACAAGAUUGCCUUUAGGUCAGUGUUGGGAUCUUUAAAUUUGGCAUGUAAACCCUGCUGCACAACUCAUGCCAUACAGAUUUGUUUAGACUUCAGCUGUUAAAGAAUUGGGUUUAAUAGUGAAAUACCUGUCUACUGAGAAGUAAGCCUUACUCAGUUCAGUAGGACCUGCUCUCAGGUAAGUGUGUGUAGGAUUGCCGUCUGAAACAGUUCACUGUAGUGGAUUUAGUGGUUGCAGGGUUGUCAUUUUCACAAACAUUCAUUGAUAAUAUCCAUGCAGAGCAGAAGAGCAUGCACACGCAUAAUGCAAAAACACAUCAACCCUAUUUUCUACCAUUCUCCUUUGCAACUCCUUUACAGCAGAUGGUUUAAAUGCCCCUGUCUCAAAUGAGUUUGCAAAGAGAUCUUGUAGCACCUUUGAGACAAGUUGGUAGCAUGAGCUUUCCUACACUUGAGCCUACUUCCCCAAAUGCAUCUGAGGAAGUAGGCUCAAGUGUACGAAAGCUCAUGCAACUGACUUCUCUCAGUCUCAUAGGUGCUACAAGAUUCCUUUUCAUACUGAUAUUCCAGGCUAAUACAGCUAUGUCUUUGAAUCCUGUUUCAAAUGGUUUGGGAAACAGGGACAGUUUGAUUAUAAUGUGUAGGGGGUGAUAGCUUCAUCCUGUAAAGGAGAAGUAUAAUAGCUUCAUCAUGUGGCUUCUAGAAAGUCACGCGAACUUUCACUGAUGUGCCUGUUUUGGGAAAGGUGCUCUUGUAGACACAGUUCAUUCUCUCUCCAAGGCCCCAAAUUAGACACGGGGCAGUAGCCAAUAUUUUCUGUUCACAUCUCUUUCCUGCUUAGUAUGAAUUAGGAGGUUGGGUUUGAGUAUUAUCCCGUUUCCAUCCCUUAGCCAAAUGUCUCCCAUCACCAUCAUAUCUAAUGUGAGAACUAAAGAGAAUUUCAGCAGACUUUGCUUGCCACACAACCAGGUAAUAAGCAAUACCUGCUGACAUUCCCUCGUCCAGAGAACCAUCAAAGGUGCGAGAGCUUUAUCUCCUUUUUACUUUGGCAGCCCUAACCGUACCUAUUCUGAUGCUAAAAAUGAAAUGUACUAGACUGGGAAUAAAAUGUUGUUGGAGAUAAGUUAAGGCCAUAGAUUGGUUCCUUUUAUAGUUCACAUCUUAGAUGCCACCUCCAUUCCAGUUAAUAAGCAAUGCAUGAUUAAACAAACAUGUCCAUUAACAUUUAGCUGUCCUAAGACAAAAAAAAAAACA